CAAAAAAAAUGUAAACAGAUCUUUAGAACAUGGUUUGGUAUUAUUUUUGUGGAUUUUCUUUUUUAUUUGUGUAGAAUUCAUGUUUGCGAAUGAGUGUGAAAUACCCCCUUUGAAGAUAAUCGUGACUUCCCCGGUGAUUUUUCUACCAGGUAAAUGUUAUGCAGGUUCCUAGGAUGUGCUGAGUAUCGUUCCCAUCGUUCAAUUCACAACGAGAAAGGUUGUUAUAUCAACAACAUCCAGUGAACCGGUCGAAGGUACACAGCGAAUACAACACUAUCUACUAGGCCUUGUUUUGGCUCAAAAUCUCUACAUUUUUGUUGGCGUUAAAUAGUAUAUAGGCCUAUGGGAUAUCAGUAAAUUACAAUCAUGUCGAAUUCUGGAAAUAAGCCGAAAGGAUUCGCAAGACGCGGAGCUUUACGACAGAAAAAUGUACAUCAAGUGAAGGAUCACGAAUUUAUCGCGCGGUACUUCAAACAACCCACUUUCUGCAGUCACUGCAAGGACUUCAUUUGGGGUGUAGUUGGAAGACAAGGUUUACAGUGCCAAGUGUGUUGUUUCGUUGUUCACAAGCGAUGCCACGAGUUUGUAACAUUCAAGUGUCCAGGAGGUGACAAGGGUGCUGACUCUGAUGUAAGUCUAAUAUUUUUAAUGGCAAUGAUGAAACAAAAUACCAUUAUAAUGUGCAGUAUGGACACCAGUUAUGUACAGUAUCGUUCAUUCAAAAUAGAGCCCUGUCCAGAAUAUUAA